UUCCGCGCCCCGCCCCCGCCGCAACAACCAGCUCGGCCGCCUCCCCCCGCUCCUCCACCUCCACGGCUCCACCGCAGGCCAAGCUCACUAAAGGAGGGCAAGGGCGCACCAACUCCGGGCGGAGCCCAAACCCUCAACCCCCCCCCCCCCCCCCCCCCCCCACCGGGCCACCGCGCCGCUCCCCUACGCCCAUCCGCGCCCAUGGCCUCCCUCUCCCGCUCCCCCGCCGCCUCGCGCCGCGGCUGCAGCGUGCGGCAGUCCCCCUUCUUCCGCGACCUCGCCUGCCCGAUCCCGUCCCACCGCGGCGUCUCCCGCUUCGCGUCUGCCGCGUCCCCCGCCGCGGCCCCCUCCGCCACGCCGCCGCCGCCGCCCAUCUUCACCCUCGACGACCGCUACGCCUCCGAGGACUUCUCCCCGGACCCCACCGCCUCCGACCUACUUCCCCUGGCUUCGUCCCCUUCCCCCCGCGCCGCCGCCAGCCGCUCGCCGUCAUGGGACCGGCCCCGGGGCCGGACAUCGCUCUCGGCACCGGGAUCCCCCAUGGAUGGGGUCGUGGAGCCGGCCCGGAAGGAGGUGCUUGCUUUGCCUCCACCCGCGAGCCCUGGCAGCCCGCCUCCUGCUACGACAGCGGAGGCGCAGUCGCCGGUGCCCCCUGCGCAAGCACCGGUUAGGACGGAGCCGGUGGCUAACGGAGGGGAGGCUGAACGGGAGGAGUGGGUCACCGUAUUCGGAUUCUCUACUGGAGAUACCAACCUUGUUCUUCGGGAAUUCGAGAAAUGUGGAGUAAUAUUGAGACAUCAGUCUGGUCCAAGAUAUGGUAACUGGAUCCACAUAUUGUACCAGCGCUCAUAUGACGCUCGGAAGGCCCUUCAGAAAAAUGGUAUCCAAUUAAGCAGUGGGCUCAUAGUUGGAGUGAAGUCCAUUGAUCCAGUGCACCGGAAGCAGCUGGAUGAGAGGUUAAUUGGAAGCAAUCAAGGAGGUUUCAUGGUGUCCUUGCCUUCAAAGUCACUUACCCUGAAGAUCACAGGUGCAUCCAACCAGCUAGGAGCUUUGCCCCGGCCAUAUGACCCGAAGACUAACACAAAUGUUAACCGAGAUGCAGGCCGUCGUGCAACCGGCAGCGUUGCUGCACCAGCAAAAUCAAUUGUAACCAAUGUCAUGGAUUUGAUAUUUGGCAUUUGAUAUGCCAAUGAUGACCUAUGAAUCGUGAGCAUUCUCUGUUUAUUUUGUCUACCCAUUUGAGAAUGCCAGUGCGCCAAAGAAUCGGCAACAAAUUUUGCUGAAAUCGAGAUUACAGAGAGCAAACUUCUUUCUUUUGGUGUUGUAACAUUCAUAUUGUGCAAUUUUCACGUUUAGUUGCA